ACCGGAACUCCUUAACCAUUCCCAAGAGUCGUCCGUCACGACUGAAUUCCAAAAAAUUCAGAUCCGCGAGUCACUUAUGGCGCGAUGGAGAUAUCCGUCAUUGACAAUUCAUAAGAUUGACGUUAGUGGUCCGAAUAACACUACCACCAUCCCUCGUAAGGCAGAGGCUCUAGUCAGUAUGCGAAUAGUGCCGGACCAAGAAUUGGAUGAGAUUGUGAGGAAUUUUAAACACCACGUGAGAUCUUCUUUUGCGGAAUUGAAGACUGACAAUUAUAUUAACAUCACGAUCAACAGUUCUGCAGAUUGGUGGUUAGGCGAUAUAACGAGCAAGUUUUAUAAAGUAGCGGAGCAAGCCAUUGAAGAA